AUGCUGCGUCUUCGAUGGCUGGUCAUCGCACUGGCUACCCAAUCGACCUGGGGUAGUGGCCUGCCGCAAGAGGAACGAUGCGUGACCGCCGUUUAUUCCUCAUACAACUACAUCACCUUUACGGGAACCCCUGCAGGUGGCUUGUGGGACACCCGAUGUCAACAUCCUCUCAAAGUGGCAUCUAUAUAUGCAGCCUCGGAGACCUACUGUCGCGACAGUGAGCGUGCAGCAGGUUUAGCGCAGCUGGCAUUCUUCUGUGAAGAGUUCGGCCACGUCGAACUACUACCUCGAGACGCCGUCGCCGAGAACUUGACUGAAGAGGCUAUCCGAAAUAUGCGCACAGUUGAUUACCUUGAACUCUCUCGCGGUGACCCGGUGGAGAUGCCGGUUUUUAUUUCUGCUUCAUAUUUCAACGUGAUGUUUAACACAAUAGAUUCGUGGCAAUAUGAAUCUUGGUCCCAUCAUGCAUUUGGAUACAUCGGUUAUGCCUAUUGGGCUGGAAUCUUGUUCCUAGGCAUGGCAUCUCGCUUUUACAGUCGCAUGAUCUGCUCUCGCAUGGCCCGACCGGAACACGAAGUAGAGUCCAAUACCUACCCCACGACAGCUACCAGGUAUACCAUACCAUGGAUGGGAAAUGCAGCACACUGGGUGCAAACACACCUGAUCACCCCAGCUCCCUUACCCGGCGGGAGACGGAAAUUGCUUGGGUUUACAUAUACAACUCGAGCAGAGGCACUCGUGGUGGCCGGCUUUUGGCUUCUGAGUACGGUGCUGAGUGUAGUCGGCUACCGAACCUUUCCCGGAAACAUGUAUUGGCCAAACCCGACCGACCAGAUUCUUCGGUACUCUGCAGAUCGAACAGGUGUCAUGUCGUUCGUCAAUUUCCCUUUACUGUGGCUCUUCGGAGGGCGCAAUAACAUCCUCAUGUGGGCUACCGGGUGGAGCUUUGCAACAUUCAAUAUCUACCAUCGCCAUGUGGCCCGGGUUGCGACGCUGCAAGGGGUAGCACACUCCAUAAUCUAUGUUGUGAUAUACAUUCGAGCAAAUAAGCUUUGGAAAGGAUUGUCCAAGGCCUAUGUGCUCUGGGGUGUUUUGGCUUUCGUCGUGAUGAUUUUAUUGCUGAUAACCUCACUUGACCGUAUUCGAUUCGCCACUUACGAGAUAUUUCUGAUCACCCACAUCCUGUUAUCCGUGAUAACACUCGUUGGGUGCUUUUACCACUCCAUCGUAUUUGAAGGACAUGAAUACUGGCAGUAUCUUUGGCCCUCCGUUGGAGUAUGGGUUCUUGAUCGAGGUCUAAGGAUCACCAGACUUGUCUAUUGCAACAUGCAUAUCAGUGUUACCGGUCGAAACAAAAUCCAGACGACUCGAAGUCGUAUGUCCUAUGAUCAAGACGCCGAUGUGAUUCGACUUGAAGUCACGCCGGGGACGAAGAUGUUGCAGCCUAAGCCCGGCGACUAUUAUUUUCUUUAUCAGCCAUUGCAGCUCCUGGGCUGGGAGAACCAUCCUUUCACCGUUGGAGCAUGGUCUCAUGACCACAGAUUCGACAGAUUACUUGCGACGGCCUCCGGUAAACAAGACGGGGUGCUAGAUGUCUCUCAACUCCCACUGUUGUCUGGAAAUCCGACCAUGGAGGGAAAUCAAGAUGAAUUAGAGGAAACUGCAGAGAAAGCAGAUGGCUCGGGGCUGAAUUUAAUUUUUUGGAUUCGACCUUAUGAUGGAUGGACACAUAAGUUGCGACGGAAGUGCCUUCGCUCAAAGGGUCAGUUCGCAGAUACCACGAUCCUCCUGGAAGGGCCAUACGGACAUAACUUCCCGCUGUGGAGAUAUGAGUCUGUGCUCUUGAUUGUUGGUGGGACAGGGAUCGCAUCUGCGGUCCCGUAUAUCCAAGAUCACAUCCGGCGCUCAGCAGGUGGAGGCGAUAUCUCAGAGGAGAAAACUCAAAUACGAGAUAUGGAAUUGGUCUGGACCGCCCGACAAACAGCAUUUCUCCACGAGGUUGCCUCCCGAGAGCUUUGGCCUGCUUUGGGCCGUGAAGACUUCCAAGCCUCUUUCUACGCGACUCGAGCCUCUGCAGUGCCUCUUGUUAGUGAACUUGCAGGUUUGGGGUGCGGGAUCAGCACUGGUCGUCCCCAUAUCCAGUCUUUGAUCAUGAGCCGGGCUUGUGAUGCCUCUGCAGCCGGCUCCACGCUGGCAAUUCUCGUGUGUGGACCGGCAGGAAUGGCCGACGAGGCUCGCGCCGCAACCCAUCUCGCGAUGCGGCAAGGCUACCAGUCGAUCAAGUACGUAGAGGAGUCCUUCGCAUGGUAG